AUGGCAACCGAGAUGACAACAACAUCGUCAAUUGACAAACCGACCGAUCUAAACAGAUUUGAAGUCGAAAAUUUCAAGAACACAAACGCCAAACGAGUCCCAUUUGAAGAUCUGGAUUACUCUAUUUACAAAAAUGCUAACCUUGUUACCUUCUCAACAUCCGAAAAAAGAUUACCUAAAUGGAUAAAUUUUAUGAAGCAAAGAUAUUAUCAUGGCCUCGAAGACAACAACAUAAUACAAAGCCGAUACGAAGAGUUAGAUAAUCCUAACGAAAAAUCAAAAUGUGACAAAGUUCUAAUCUCUCUCACAUCAAAAGAAGCGUCAGAAAACAUACUAACGAUCACAAUAAUGAUAACGACGGGCAGAAUACAAGUUCAAGGACGAUUUAUGAAGGAAUGGGGCAACAACGAAUUUGACCCUUUGGUAGAACUCGUAAACUCUCCCGACUCAGUGAAACUGGAUGCCACCAAAGACAUAAACAACUUUCUUGAUACAAUUACUCAGAAACGACCCAGUACCACCACCACACCAUCAACAACAAAAGAUCAACAUCCUACGGAUCAAACUAACUCACCAAAUUCACCUAAACAAAAAGCAUUAUCAACAGUAAAAACAAACCUUGCUUCUCUCGAAGCUGAAUUUGUGGAAUUUUCCCAAAAUACAAACAAAGCAAUCCAUGAACUUACCGCUCUGCUGACAAACAAAGACGAAGAAAUACAACAGUUGAAAGGUGAGAUAAACACUCUGAACACAACUAAAACUCACAACCAGAAAUCGUUUAGUGAUCUAACUAUCAAACAAUUUGAGUCAGAAGAGCAAAUCAAAAAGUUACACAACCGAUGCAAAUCAUUGGAGGAUAAAAACACUCACCUAAUCUGCCAAAUCGCUGCUCUUUGUGAAAAUCUGAAACCUACAGAACACCCUGGAACCUCGGAUAAAUCAAUUAUCACAGACCCACCUACAACCGAGACACCGCAUCCUAAUGAAAACCCAACUACUACCACUACAAUAACCACAACAGAAACAACCUACAAGAUUCCAACAGCCAAUAGAUUUGAGCAUUUAUCAAAUUUAUCAAAUGAAUCAAUCCCUAGUCCCAAAAACCUACCAACAACUGAGCAGUCAAAAGUAAACACGUCAAACCCCAAUGAAGAGUCCAUAACAAACAAUAUUGAAACAAUUAUUAUUUGCGACAGCAAUGGCCGACAUUUGAACCCAAAUCUUCUUUGUCCCAAUACCAAGAGUAAAUACAUUAGAUGCCCAACCCUUUUUGAAGCUGAAUCAAUAAUAAGAAAUUUGACAUAUGACUCACCCAAAACUUUCAUCAUUCAUAAUGGAACAAAUGACCUGGAAACAACUCCUUCCAACGAUGACAUGAUUAACCGAAUACAAGAAGUGAUUAAAUGUAUAAAUAAGAAGUACCCUCUAAGUCAAGUUAUUGUCUCAAGUCUUCUCCCCCGAAAAGAUGACCUAAAUAAAAGAGCAUCGGAAAUCAACAAAGCAAUUCAAAAGAUCUUCGAGAAGAACAAAACUGUCAAAAUUGUACAACACAAUAACAUUAUGUGCACAAAACAUCUAAAAGACAAGAAACACCUUAAUGAGAUAGGUGUCAAACUAUUUGCCCUCAACCUCAAACGAGCAUACUUUAAUAAACCCUUCCAAACAACAUACAGAUACCACUCUCCAGAAACAAGAUCCUCCAAUUACAGAUACAGCCAAAUUCCCACCAAAAAUCAGUAUAUCCAUAAUAACCGUCCAACACACCACAACCCAGAUCAAGACCACAUUUCCCAACAGCACCCAAGACCAAAAAGCCCUACUACGUACCCAUACAACUCCUACCAUCACCACCAGUUCCCGAUGAGAGACAAUCCAAGUCCUUGGACAGCAGAAAAACAAACCAGAAGAUAUGAUAGUCCAGAAACAAAGCAAAUUCCCAUGGAGAUAGUUCAGCUGAUCAAACACCUAAAUAGGUAUGUUAACUAA